GUGAAAUAUCCCUUUUAUGAAUUCAUUUGCAGCAUAUUCUCUCUGUAUCUCCUUGUUGUUUUCCUUUUAAGAACUCACUGCAGAGCAAGAAACUAGAUUCAGAGUUUUGGAAUAGUCCCGAUCCUGGGAAUGACCGAGUGGAUCAGUGGCCAUCAUGUGACAGUAUCUUUGGCCUGCCUGAGCUGACAGGAACUACCCACCUUUUGAAAAGAAAAAAAGCCCUUCUACAACUACAUUUGUCUACUCCAAACUCUGACCACGACAUCUUAGAACCAACCAAGUCUUCAGAGGAAGAUCUUAUGACUAUAUCUGCAGACCUGGAUCCCACAAACACGCUUUCCUCAGGGCCAGAAGCAUCUGACAGUGGCCAUUUUACACCCAACGAGACCACCCUGUCUGACGUCCAGGACAGCUUGUGUAGUGAGUGGUCUGAUCUGAGUGUGGAUACGCCUACAUAUGAACCUGGCUUUCACAAGUCCUCCUCCUCACUCUCAGUGCUUAGUGAGGCCAGCACAUUUCUCCCUAGCCUCCCACCUGACUCUAUAAGCACCAUCUCCAACACACGCAUUGGUGUUGUUCGUGGUGUAUCUGGCUUGCGUCUUCCAUUGUGGGUUCUGCGUGUGGUUCACCUGCUGGUGGCUGUUCUGCUGGGAACAUGCCUGGCUCUAGCAGGACUGUAUGGGAGCAUGUUUUCCAGCACUGUGGUUCUCAUGUGGCUGGUGUCCGCCCUGUCAGCCUUCCUCACUUCUGCCUUGCUGUUGGAACCAUUUGCAAUAUGUAUUCAGGCACUGUAUCUGGCUGCUGUUGUGAGACCAGUAGACCCAGAGGUAGAGGACCGUUUGGCUCAGGAGACAGAAGUCAGAAGGACAGUAGAGCAUCUGGAGGAUAAGGUUCAUCCUCUCUGUGGAUAUGGCCUGCUGCAGGCUAAAGAGGAAGCACGGAAGCUGAGAACGCUUAGAGCCUUGAUGAGGAGCUGCUUAGUCUACAUGAUCUUCCUGUUGGUGGUUCUGAUGGUGAACUAUCAGGAACAUGUGCAGGAAUCUAACAGCAGACUGCUUCAAUCAGCUAUAAAACACACACUGAUUUCAGCUUCACCAGGGCAGCCCAGUCUCACUGCAUUAUCAGGAUGGAUUAAUGCAAAACAGUGGAUAGAUGAGAGAUUGAUAUCACACCUGUAUGAAAACCCUUCUCUUUCUCUAACUGGCCCCGCAAGACUGCAGAAAAUGAAUUUUCAAGACUAUUGCAGUCAAAACAUCAGAGAUCAGUUCCAAUCUGGUCGACUUCCUUUGAUUCUGACUGCUCAUGUUUCAUCACAUGCCAACCCUAGACACCAGAGCUCCUCAGCACACAGCAACAACACUUCAGCACUUUCAUCGAGGCCGACGACUAAGGGUGCAUCAUGUGCAUUCAGUCAGACAAAGGAAGUAGUGCUUGGGAACAACAGUGAAUCCACACGUCGGAUCCUGUCAGACUUACAGACAACGAACUGGAUGACAACAGGGACACAGGCAGUAUUGAUCGAGUUCACUCAGUAUCAUAAACAGACGGGCAUCUUGGCACCAGUUUCUGUUCUCCUGGAUCAAACACACACAGGCAGAAUCCUUGCUUUCAUCUCUAUCCAGCCUUUUCACAUCUCUCCAUUAUCCGGUCCAGACUUACACGUGACAUUGACGAUUCUGCUUUUGCUGUUUGCCCUGUGCUUUGUGAGUGUUGAAGUAUGGGCCUUGAUCAGGAAGCCAAAUCAAUACCUGAGGCAAGCCUGGUGCUGGUUUCAGCCAUCGUUAGCUCUUCUGACGCUAGCAGCAGCUGUUCUUCGUCUGUAUUUCCUCUACACGACUGCAGCCUGUGUUUCCAGACAUCGCUCCCGGCCCACAUCCUUUGCUGACUUUCACAGUGCUGCCACACUGGCCAGAAAAUCCAAUCAGCUCUCAGCAAUCUUACUAACCCUCUUGGUUCUAAAGAUGGUGGGGAUCCUGCGGUUUGUUAGGCGAUGGUUGGUAAUAGGACGAGUUAUCCGACAGGUAUUCCCACAGAUCUGUGGUAUGGUGUUCCUGCUGCUCCUCCUGUUGCUUCUGUUCUCACACACAGGAAUUAUGCUCUUCUCAGGUACAGUGGAGGGCUUUAGGACCUUAUGGCAGGCCAGUUCCUCUCUGCUCUGUUUGUUAAGGGGGCACAUGGGGUUACGUCGACUUUGUGAGCAUCAUCCCGUGGUGGGACCCCUCUACUGCCUGUCUGCCGUAGGCAUUGGAUUCUGGGUACUGGGGCGCCUUUGUGCUGCUGUAUUGAUUCGAACCUACCGAAUGGUACAAGCAGACAUUUACAGACCAUCAAUGGAGCCGCAGGACUAUGAGAUGGUACAGUUUCUCAUUAAACGACUCAAGCUAUGGAUGGGGCUCAGCAAGACCAAAGAGUUUAGACACAGAGUCAAAUUUGAGGGAAUGGUUUUUCCACCCUCCAGAUCCUCCCAAGGCUCUGAAGCCUCUAACUGCUCAGUCCCGCUCAGUCCCAUUGGGCCCCGCCAGGCAUCCUCUGCCUGCUCUUUGGCCUCCGAUUCAUCUGUCAUUUCAGACAGUUUUGACUUUCACCAUUAUGUGGACCGCCUGGUGCCCUGUGUUGACAGUCUUCUGGCAGGUUUCGACCGCAUCAACCAGCUGACCGAAGAAGUAUAUAACUUUGAGCUCCAACUUCAGCAAAUACAGAGCAGAAUCUCCCAGAGAAGAAAGCAGCCUCAGCAGGUGACCUUUGUGGGACGUGAUCCAACACCUAAGCCACCACUGCUCCCUCGACAUCCAUCUACCUUUGUUUUGGAAUGUAAUCCCAUUCCAGGUUCUCUCCAAAGUGUCAUUAAUACCCUUCCACGAUGCCGCGCUACCCACUCAGAGUCCUCCCUGAUGGGGUCUGCUGCUCAGUCAGGUAAGAGAAUACUUUCUGCACUGGAUGGAGGGAUGAACAGUCUAAACCCUAGGAAAAUGUGUGUCCCAAGACGCAGAGCCUGGAAUUCAGUCACCUGCCAUUCUGCUGACACCGCUCAGAGGUUGCCUGCACCUCACAGCACUGUGGCCUUGCCAGCGAGACCCCAGAGUGAAGACGGAGACCGUGAGCUUGUAUGCAACAGCCUGCCGAUUAAGAGACGGGCAUGGCACACUGAAUAAGUGUAGCAAUUUUCAUGCCAUUAUUAUGUAUUAUAUGUGGAUAGUAAUUUUGCUUCACUACUACUAUUUACCUUCAUUUUGAUUUUUUGACACAGUGAAUGCACAGUGUGUUAGUCACAAUCGCUUUCAAUUUUGUGAAUUGUCUACCCCUUGACUGGUGCUUUUGCACUGCUUUUAAUGUUAAAGUGUUUGCUUCCCUUUGGUUUCACCAUGUUCAGUCCCUGUGGAACACAGAUCUUGUUGUAUAUUUAAGAAUCUCUUUUAUUUUUGUCAAUAAAAUGACACGGCCAUCCAAACUGUGGCUUAAACAUCAGAGUAUUUGUGUUAAAUUCAAAGAAGUUAGUAGAAAUUAUUUGAGCAAAUAAAACAGACUCUUUAUAGCUUCCAUGAUAUGCUAAAUACACUGCCCGGCCAAAAAAAAAAAAAAAAGUCGCUGUUUGGAUUUUAAUAGGCAAAUACUUAAGAGU